AUGGGUGAAAUGGACGUUGAUGGCGAGACCGAGGUUGCCGGAGCGCCGCGUGAGAGGUGCCAGAUGCCGCCACCGGAGGAGGACCCUCACCUUCCGCCGGAGUCAUUCCAGGUACCCAUCGGCGGCGACGGGAUCGACUGGACUGACCUCAACGCUGUCUUCGAUCGCGACGACUCCACCAAGGGCAGCACCAACCCCAAGUCCGCCAACGCCAAUCCUAAGUCGAGAUCCAUCUCGGAGCGCUCGUCCGCGAGCCUCAAGGCGAAUCCCGCGGUGCUCGGCCUGCCGAGCGCGAUCGGGACCCCCGGAUUCACCGGACGGGCCUCGAGACGGCAGCGACCGCCUUCCGGUCGGAUAUUCCCGAAGAAGGGCGCUCGGUCGGGCCGGGAGUCGGCGGCGGAUCCGGGCUCGCCGAAGGUGUCGUGCUUCGGGAAGGUCCUCUCGGACAGGGAGAGGAGAAAGCAGGGGAGGAGCUGGCGCUGGGCGAGCUGCUUCGAGGCGAUGUGCCGGUUGGGAGACGAGCGGAGGAGGGGAUCGCCCCCGUCGGCGGCGAAUGCGGGCGGGGCGUUCUUGCCGGUGGAGGCGGGGUUGGGAGCGAUGAGGAGGUUCGCCUCGGGGCGGAGGUCGGCGACAUGGGGAGAGGAAGAGGCGGAGGAGGGGCAAAUGAGGCAUCGCCAUCUGAAGAGGGCGGUGGCGGAAGUGGAGCACAACGGGAGUGGGGUUGAGUGA